UUCCAGAUCUUUCUCGAACCCGCAGCUCCAAGAGCGGCCGUUGCCCGAGCCCUGCCGGAAGCGGCCGAAGCGGCGGCUCGCGCGUCCCCGGGAGGCCGAGCGCGCAUGCGCGGAGCGCGGUAACCGCCGGUUGGAGGCGGCGGCCCGCAGCGCAGAGCGAGCCCGGCGGCGGCGGCGGCCCCCUGCCUCUCCCGGCGGCCCAGCGCUGCCCUCGCUUUAAAGCGCAGCCACUUCGGGUCACCUCUCCUUUGCUUCCCGUAGGCGUCGCAAGCCCGGGAGCCACAGCCCAGCCGAGGACGCAGUCCCUCCCCCGGAGCUUUCGGCACUCGCAUCCCGACCUCUCGGCGGCGGGAUGUCUGUGGUUGGCAUCGACCUCGGCUUCCUCAACUGCUACAUCGCGGUGGCGAGGAGCGGCGGCAUCGAGACCAUCGCCAAUGAGUACAGCGACAGGUGCACCCCGGCCUGUAUAUCUUUGGGAUCAAGAAAUAGAGCCAUUGGAAAUGCAGCGAAGAGCCAGAUAGUCACAAAUGUAAGAAAUACAAUUCAUGGCUUCAAAAAGCUUCAUGGACGAUCAUUUGAUGAUCCUAUUGUGCAAACUGAAAGGAUCAGGAUUCCCUAUGAGCUUCAGAAAAUGCCUAAUGGAAGUGCAGGAAUUAAGGUGCGGUACCUAGAAGAAGAGAGACCUUUUGCUAUUGAGCAAGUUACUGGAAUGCUGUUGGCUAAGCUUAAAGAGACUUCAGAAAAUGCUUUAAAGAAACCAGUAGCUGACUGUGUGAUAUCAAUUCCCAGCUUUUUCACUGAUGCUGAGAGAAGAUCUGUGAUGGCUGCAGCCCAGGUUGCAGGUUUAAAUUGUUUAAGAUUGAUGAAUGAAACUACUGCAGUUGCACUAGCAUAUGGAAUUUAUAAACAGGAUCUUCCUCUGUUAGAUGAGAAACCAAGAAAUGUAGUAUUUAUUGAUAUGGGACAUUCUGCCUACCAAGUCUCACUUUGUGCUUUUAACAAAGGAAAACUUAAAGUGUUGGCUACUACCUUUGAUCCAUAUUUGGGUGGCAGGAACUUUGAUGAGGCUUUAGUAGACUACUUCUGUGAUGAGUUCAAGACCAAAUAUAAGAUAAAUGUGAAAGAAAAUGCUCGAGCCUUGUUGCGUUUAUAUCAGGAAUGUGAAAAAUUAAAGAAGCUAAUGAGUGCAAAUGCGUCAGAUCUUCCACUGAACAUCGAGUGUUUGAUGAAUGAUCUUGAUGUUUCUAGUAAAAUGAACAGGGCUCAAUUUGAACAAUUAUGUGUUUCCCUCUUUGCCAGAGUUGAACCACCAUUAAAAGCAGUACUGGAACAAGCUAACUUACAGCGUGAAGACAUAAGUAGUAUAGAAAUUGUAGGAGGAGCAACUCGAAUUCCUGCAGUAAAGGAACAAAUCACGAAAUUCUUCCUUAAAGACAUAAGUACCACAUUAAAUGCUGAUGAAGCUGUUGCAAGAGGAUGUGCAUUACAGUGUGCGAUUCUCUCACCAGCAUUUAAAGUGCGUGAGUUUUCCAUAACGGACAUUGUUCCCUACUCAAUCACAUUACGAUGGAAGACCUCUUUUGAAGAUGGAACUGGGUCUGGGGAAUGUGAAGUAUUCUGUAAGAACCAUCCUGCUCCAUUCUCAAAGGUCAUUACUUUCCACAAGAAGGAACCAUUUGUGCUAGAAGCGUUUUAUACUAAUUUACAUGAAGUGCCUUAUCCUGAUCCAAGAAUUGGGAGCUUCACUAUUCAGAAUGUUUUUCCACAGUCUGAUGGUGAUAGUGCUAAAGUGAAGGUUAAAGUUCGCAUUAACAUCCAUGGAAUCUUCAGUGUGGCUAGUGCAUCAGUAAUUGAGAAGCUAAAUAUAGAAGGGGACCACAUUGAUGGUCCUAUGGAGACUGAAACUUCAUUUAAGGAUGAAAGCAAAGAUGAUGUGGAAAAAAUGCAGGUUGACCAAGAAGAAGGUCAUCAACAAUGUCAUGCUGAGCACACCCCAGAAGAGGAAAUUGAUCAUACAGGAGCCAAAACAAAGUCAACUCCCUCAGACAGACAAGACCGAUUAAACCAGACUAUUAAAAAAGGAAAAGUCAAGAGUAUUGAUCUACCUAUCCAUAGUAGCCUGUGUAGACAACUAGGCCAAGAUCUUCUCAAUAGCUACAUUGAAAAUGAGGGGAAAAUGAUAAUGCAAGAUAAAUUGGAGAAAGAGAGAAAUGAUGCUAAGAAUGCUGUUGAAGAAUAUGUAUAUGAUUUUAGAGACAAGCUGGGCACUGUCUAUGGAAAGUUCGUCACUCAAGAAGACUUGAAUAAACUAUCUGCGGUAUUAGAAGAUACAGAGAAUUGGCUUUAUGAAGAAGGAGAGGACCAACUUAAACAAGUUUAUGUGGAUAGGCUUCAAGAACUAAAGAAAUAUGGCCAGCCUAUUCAAAUGAGAUACAUGGAACAUGAAGAGAGACCAAAAGCUUUAACUGACUUGGGAAAAAAGAUACAACUUGUCAUGAAAGUGAUAGAAGCAUACAGAAACAAGGAUGAAAGAUAUGAUCAUUUGGAUCCUGCUGAAAUGGAAAAAAUUGAAAAAUAUAUCAACGAAGCCAUGAGUUGGCUUAACAGUAAGAUGAAUGCACAGAAUAAAUUAAGUCUCACUCAAGAUCCUGUGGUGAAAGUUUCAGAAAUAGUUGCAAAGUCAAAGGAACUGGAUAAUUUCUGUAACCCCAUCAUUUACAAACCCAAACCAAAAGUAGAGGUUGCAGAAGACAAUGCAAAAGCUAAUAGUGAACACAACGGACAGAUGGAUGGACAGAGUGGGACUGAAACCAAACCAGAUACAAAAGACAGCUCACAGCAUACUAAAUCUUCUGGAGAGAUGGAAGUGGACUAAAUCUUAAAUUUACCUUCACAUAAUUCAAACAGUGCAAGUAACCACGGGAUCCAUUCUUCUUUUACAUCUGAUACACACAACAGAUGUUCAGUUGUUCUUAAUCACUUUUUGUCAUUUGUUAUUGGGAGUAGUUUUGAAAAGUGUUUUAUAUUGAGUACACAUCUAUAAAUUUCCAUUGCUGCUUAUGUGAAGCUUUAGCUGAAUAUAGAUUUACAUGUCAGUUUAAGCUUUCCUAAUGUAUAUCACAUGCAAGACUGACAUGUAAUUGGCCACAGUCUACCUUAUUUAGAGCUUCUACUUGGAUAAACUUUUGCUUCUUAUUCAGGAAAGUAUACAGUAUUGCACUAUUGUUGCAGAAGCGUAGAUAUAACUGAUCAUUAUUUUGAAAAACAAAUAUUGAAACUGAUGUGGUUUGUUCUAACUUAAGUAUGCAAACAAAUAAGAGGUUCCUUGACAAAUUAGUCCAUCUCAUUGGUGUGCCAUGAGAAUUCCAGAAGCUUUGCUUUUAUCACGUAAAUGAACCAAAUCUACGUUGAAAGUGAAAACGCACGCACAAUUUUAUGUAAAGGUGACACCAGCAGUUUUCUUCCUUUAUUAGAAAUGUAGAUUGAUGUUUUCUUAGAGUACUUCAGUAUCAUUUUCACUUGAAACUUCUGAUCUACUUGUCUUGAAGACCUGCUGCUGCUGCUAGCCCGAAGGAGGCUUUUUUAUGAAAAUACGUUCAUGUGAAGUGGGAAAUGCUGUUGACCUACUCAGAUAUGCAUCUGUGAUAUUGAUAGCCUUGUUUCAGUUUUGAUAUUUGUUUUAGUUUUAUGGAUUGAUUCUGUUAAAUCUUAACACAGGGAAAGGGGAAAUGGCACAAUGUAUUGCAUUAUGUACACUUAUUGAAGUACUUAAUGUUAAGAUAUAAAAACACUAUUAAAUAAGUGGUAAUACUUGAAAAGAAUCACUUAUGCCCUAAGUCUUAGGAAAUAAUGCUUGUAAUAAACUUAACUAUGUUACAUAUCAACAGGCAAAAUAGAGAAUGUUACAUAGUUUAAUAUGACGUGAUUAAAUUAUAGUUCCUGCUAUUAUAUUACCUGUUCAGAGGCUCACUUUUUCUGAAAGCUAAAUUUUUAUAUUAAUAAUAAUUAAUAUUGACUUAAGUAGUACAAAUUGAGAGUUUAGUACCUUUAGGGAUGGUCAUUAUUUCUCACAACUAGUUCUCUAAGAGAGAUUUUGUUUCUACAAUGUAGUCUGCACUGAAAGGGGACUGUAGAGGGAAUGCACUUUCCAGGGAUUUUUAUCAUCCUUUUUGAGGCAGAUAUCCCUUGUUUGCAUUAAAAAACAUUAUAUACUCUCAAUAUAUCUUAAUGUUUUCUAGCCUUUAAAAUGUUCUUGUUUUAAUACAUUUAAAAUGAAAUAAUUAUAUCCAUUAGUAAUAAGUGAUAAAGUACCUUAUUAUAAAAAGCAUUUACCAGUUACUUUUCAUUUAUAUGUUGAAUAUACUAUAUAGGUUCAUUUGGGGAAGAACAACAUCAUUAAAGGGAACUCAUAACAGUAAAAGUAAGGAGUUUAUAGUUUUUUCUUGAGUUAGCAAGAAGACCACUAUCAUUAUUUUAGGAGCUAUACCUCAGAAACCUCUUGGGAAUAAAUGUGGGAACAACCCUUUCUUCAUCUGAAUUGUCUAGUAUGUCCUGACAUUUUCCAUUCCUUAAAUCAGUUUAUGUAGUUCUGUGUUUUGGUCAGAUAUAUAACAUUCCAAUUGUUGCAGUUAUAUAACAAUGAGUUAAAUACAUUCAAAGAUAAUAUGUGUGCUUUUUAAUUUAUUCAACUUAAAUUAUAUUUUCAAACACUGUUUAACCUUAUAUUGUAGUUAUUUAUUGACUACAUUAGAAUGUAAUAUAGUUCUUCUACAAAGGAAUGUUCUCCUAAAUACAAUUUUGGGUAGAUAGUAUGGUUUAGUUUCAUUUUAAUCACUGAAAUAUGCAGUGCUAGACAAAAGAAUUACAUAUUUUUUCAAAAGGAAAAACUAUUAUAGAUUUUUAAAAGAUACAUAACAAAAUAGACUGUUUUACUAUAGUAGGCAAAUAAAGACUAAGAAAUAUCUAGGAUGAUUAAUAAAUAUUAGUAUAUUUUGACUCUUGAAAAAAUAUAAAUUAUUUGGUUUGCAAAACAACUCUUGAUAGCCUAUUAUGAGUAUAAAAACAAAAACUGCUAAUAAUAUAGCAAUAAUAUAACAAAUUUAAAUUCCUUAGCAGUAAUCAGAAUUCUUGAGUUUUAAAGUAACUAGAAACAGCACACCAAAGAAUUAGACUAUUGGAAUAUCAGAUAAUCUAUUUUAAAUGGGUAACUGGUCUCUUAUUAAGAAAUAAAGAUUUCUUAGACUUUUUGGAGUGGCAAUUUUUAGUAUGUUCAUGGUUAUUUCUUUGAUAGAACUCUUUAUUAAAAGUGAAUUUUGGGGCUCAGUUAUUAAUAUAAUAAAAUCUUAGUGUUAAAGCAUUUUAUCCAAAUUAGCACAUCUUUAAUUAUUUUGAAAAAUUAUUCAUAUUUAAAGACAAUAGAUAUUUGAAUAUGGUAAUCAAAUUAGCUUACUUCAGUCUCAAAAUAGAUAUAGCCAUUCCUCCUUUUUCAUCAAUUUAAAUUGUAAACAUUCCCAUUGAGAUUUUGUUUUUGUUAUUGUUAAUACUCACCCGAGGAUAUAUUUUCCCACUGAUUUUUUUAGAGAGAGUAGAAGGGAGAUAGGAGGGGGGGGAGGAGAGAGAGAGAGAGAGAGAGAGAGAGCGAGCGAGCGAGAGAGAGAAACAGUUGUGAGAGUGUCACAUUGACUGGUCACCUCAGACACAUGCCCUGACCAGGGCCUGCCUGGAAUCGAACCCUCAACCCUUCCGUGUCCAGGCCAAUGCUUUAACCAGAGAGCAACACCGGCCAGGGCAAGAUUUUGUUGUUUUUUGUUUUUUCAGGAUUUUGUUUUAAUGGUUGAUUUUUGGCAGUACACACAAAUUAAUGCUAAGGCAAGAUUUACAAGUCUUAAAUUACUAGAAAAAUGGAGUCAUCUUUCUCACCUUGUAGAAUUUUACAAC